CAGUACUCUCCACACCCGCACUCGACUCUCAUCAUGUCUGAAGAGCCGCUGUUCGACCCCUCGCUCAAGAAGCGCAAGAAAAAGCAGGUCGCUUUCUCUGAAGAUCCUCUGGGCGCCGAUGCCGACCCGACGACACCUGCGCCCACUACGAUUGAUAAUGUCACCACGAAUGGGGACACCGUAGACAUGGGACCGACAACGAUGCACGAGCAGAUGAUGCAGAAUGUGUCAAUUGACGAUGAUGCGUCCAAGGUCGACGAGUACCCGAUGCUAGUCGAUCUCAAGAAGAAGAAGAAGAAGAAGGAUAUUCCAAUGGACCUGCCCGAGGAAGAAUCAGGAACAUCUACGCCUAUCUCUGCACCGGCGGGUGCGGAGGACCUCGACUUCUCCGACCUCAAGAAGAAGAAAAAGACCUCGAAGAAGAAAGCUGCGCUUGACAUGGAGGCAUUCGAAAAGGAGCUGAACGAGGCAAAGGCAAAGGAGGGAGACGGGGAGGAUGUCGACGGUGCGCCAAUCGAUGAGAUUGACGAGGCAGAGCUUGGAGAAGAUCCCUUCGCCCGCGGCGCCGAGGUGCCGUCUGUGGACGCUGGCGGCGAGGCAUGGCUCAGCAGCGACCGCGACUACACAUAUGCUGAGCUUCUCCGGCGCUUUUACGCGCAGCUACAUGCGUCGAACCCUGCGCUUCUCAAUACUGCCGGCAAGCGACACACCCUCGCGCCGCCACAGCUCAUGCGUGAAGGAAAUAAGAAGACCGUCUUCGCAAACGUCGCCGAUAUAUGUAAGCGUAUGCACCGGCAGCCGGAGCACACAAUCCAGUUCAUGUUCGCCGAGUUGGGUACCACCGGCUCAAUCGAUGGCUCCGGACGGCUGGUUAUCCGAGGAAAGUUCUCGCAAGCACAGAUUGAGAAUGUUUUGCGACGUUACAUUGUCGAGUACGUCACUUGCAAGACAUGCAAGUCGCCAGAUACACUGCUUGUCAAGGAGAAUCGUAUUUUCUUCGUCGCAUGCGAGUCCUGUGGAUCAAGACGUUCCGUCAACGCGAUCAAGACCGGUUUCCAGGCGCAGGUCGGAAGGAGAAGCAAAAACAAGACGGGUUGAGGAGACUAGUGUUUCGCUCGGUACUACCAUCUGCAUAUUUUGUAUCGUUAACCCUCCACGUCAUCUGUACGAUUCACAUUCACUCUC